UGACUUUUCACAGUGGAAAAACAUAGGAGAAAAAGAGAAUGCAGAAAAGAGAGCAAGCGAAGCUAAGCGGAUCAACGGGUGGCUCCGCCGCACCGCCGGCGAAAAGGGGGCGGCCAUUGGGAAGCGUAAACAGCAACGCAGCCGCAGCAGCAGCUGCAGCAGCUGACUCAGCAGCUCCUUCAACUCUCCUCGGCCCGUCCCUGCAAGUUCACUCUGCCUUCGCUGAACAGAAUAAUAAAAGGAUUGUUCUAGCUCUUCAAAGUGGAUUAAAGGGUGAGCUGACAUGGGCACUAAAUACGCUCACUUUGCUAUCAUUCAAGGAGAAAGAUGACAUCCGUAAGGAUGCAACUCCUCUUGCCAAAAUUCCUGGAUUGCUUGAUGCUCUACUUCAAGUUAUAGAUGAUUGGCGUGAUAUAGCGUUGCCAAGGGUACUUGUAAAGGCACCUCGUGUGCGGCUUUUGGGUGCACAUUCAGCUGUUACUGGAUUUGGAAUUGGAUAUGAAGCAUUGAACUCGAAUGAAUCUGUACCUAAUCCUAGCACUGGUUCUGGAGCUGCCAACAGAGAUUCAUCUGUUCAGAAGAGUAAUACCAAGUCUCGCCCUGCGGGUUGGUGGUUUGAGGAAGAUGGCUUAUUUAAUUUGGAUGAGGAGGGGCGAUCUGAAAAGCAGCAGUGCGCCGUUGCUGCUUCAAACAUUCUCCGCAACUUCUCUUUUAUGCCAGAUAAUGAAGUCAUCAUGGGCCAGCAUAGACAUUGCUUAGAAACUCUAUUCCAAUGUCUGGCAGAUUAUGUUACAGAGGAUGAAGAACUUGUCACAAAUGCCCUCGAGACGAUAGUGAAUAUAGGUCCAUUGAUAGAUCUCCGAAUCUUCAGUUCCUCGAAACCUUCUUUUAUCAAAAUGACGGAGAAACGUGCUGUCCAGGCUGUCAUGGGAGUGUUGGGAUCUGCUGUCAAGGCCUGGCAUUGUGCUGCUGCUGAAUUAAUUGGUCGUAUUAUAAUAAAUCCUGAUAAUGAACCUUUCCUACUUCCUUCUGCUUCGCAGAUAUAUAAACGUUUAGUUGAUAUCAUGAGCCAACCAGCUACUGAUGCUCAAGCAGCUGCAAUUGGUGCAUUAUAUAACCUUGCCGAAAUAAAUAUGGACUGCCGUUUGAAGCUGGCUAGUGAACGAUGGGCUAUUGAUAGACUGUUGAAAGUGAUUAAGAUGCCACAUCCAGUACCAGAAGUGUGCAGGAAAGCAGCAACUAUUUUAGAAAACCUUGUAUCAGAGCCACAGAACAAGCCUCUUCUACUAGUGUAUGAAAAUGCAUUUGCGGAGAUGCUUUUUGGUGACCCAAGAUACUCGGACAUAUUUUCCAGAAUACUAUACGAACUAACAUCACGGCCAAGCAACAAAGUGGCAUCAGCUCGAGGGAUCUGGGGCAUGUAAUGUCGUAACACACAAGGUACCAUAUUUGAUGAUAUUUCAGCUGACAUAUGUUGUUGUACAUACAUUUAAAUGUGAUUAGUUGAGCAAGCUUUUGGACAUUAAAAGUACUGGUUACUUGUAUUGUAAUAGUAAACAUUAAUUCACCUCAAAAAUGCAAAAUAUAUGUUACUAUAGGCUUACCAAUUCUGUCCUUGAUUUAUUGAAGCUAUUAGAACCUUGCAUUA